AUGCCAUCACCCACCCGAGCAAAGCACUUGGUGCCAGGUGACAAGAUCGCCUUCAUCUCACCAUCAGAGCGCAUCAACAGCACCCUCCCGAAAGUCAUAGACCGAGCGACGGAAGUCCUCACAAACAAAGGCUUCCAGGUUCAGACUUUCUUCAACGAAGAUACAGGAAUCCAAUCCUGCAUCGAGAACCGUCUCUCCGAGAUCCGGGCAGCGUUCUCAGACCCCAGCAUCUCAGGCAUCAUCACCACCAUCGGCGGCACAACUUUUACAGAACUUCUACCUGCUCUUAUCGCGGACAGAGAUCUGCAUGAGACGAUUCGCGCCAAUCCUAAAGUCGUGGUGGGAUAUUCGGACAUCACGGGCUUGCAUUGGUUCUUGUAUGCCAUGACAGGUCUGCGCACUUUCUACGGCCCGGGUGCUGUUCCCGAAAUCGGUGAGCCCAACGAUAUAAACGACAAAGAUACGCCCCUGGCGUUCUGCGUGGAUAAUCUGAUGCACGCUGUCGCGUCUCCUGAACCAUUGGGUCAAAUCCCACGGUCGAGAUACUAUGCCCCAAGAGGAGCACCUUUCUUUACAGAUGCGACAUCGACAGAACCACCAAAUGUUAUCAGUACAAGCGAGUGGCAGUGGUUGAGACCUGGUAAAGCCCAGGGCCGAUUGUUUGGAGGUUGUCUCACCGUCGUGGCACGUUUAAGUGGUAUUCAAGCGAUAGUCCCUGACUGGCGCGGCCGAAUCGUCUUUCUCGAGACGGCUACAAACGAGGAUGCUUCGGGCGGGAACCCACCUCAUCGUGUUCAGGCGGCGUUUGCGGACUUGAUAGCCCAAGGUGUCUUUGAGGACGCCGCAGGUCUGGUUGUGGGACGACCGUAUGGAUACGAUUCAGAUGAGGAUAGGGAGACAUAUGCUGGUAUCAUCAAGGGUCUUUUCUGUGAGGGACGCCUUGCGUCCAAGAGCUUCCCCAUCCUGUUCAACGUGGACAUCGGACAUACUGUUCCAAUGGUUACAUUGCCUUACGAUGCGUUGGCGGAACUCGACUCUGAGGCUGGCACUUUUGCUGUCUUAGAAGCUGGGGUGGAGUGA